UUUUGACGUGCAAGUGUGUUUUGGACUGUACAGUUUGGGCCUGGGCAGAGUCGUGAAGUUUGUACCACGGCGAUUCAAUUCUGCAACAACGUAGCCUACAUCUGUCCACGUUAAAGUAAGAUACGGCGGAAGCUGGUGAAGCAAAGAAGACAGCGAAGUUUUGCAACGAACAGAUUGACUGAAACGAGGCAGUCUGUCUCAUUAACAUGCGGGGGAAGUGUCAUUCAGGAUAGCAGGGAGGAUGCAUGCUGGUGGUGUGCACAAAUACAGCUCCACAGAUUUCAUCAUCUGCGGUGAAAGGUGCACUAUGGGCCGUCUAGAUGGGAAAGUGAUUGUGUUGUCUGCUGCCGCGCAAGGGAUUGGACGUGCUGCGGCAAUAGCGUUCGCAAAGGAGGGAGCUCAAGUCACAGCGACGGACAUCAAUGGAGAAAAGCUGAAGGAACUGGACAGCGUUCAAGGGAUCAAGACCAAGGUCGUGGAUGUCACAAAGAAGGACCAAGUUGAAGCCCUGGCCAAAGAACAUGAACAUGUCGAUGUGCUGUUCAACGUGGCUGGGUUUGUGCACCAUGGCUCCGUCUUGGACUGCGAAGAGGCCGACUGGGACUUCACGAUGAACACGAACGUCCGCAGCAUGUACCUCAUGUGCAAAGCUUUUCUGCCCAAGAUGCUGGAAAAGAAGUCAGGAAACAUUAUAAACAUGGCAUCUGUUGCAUCAAGCAUAAAAGGGGUUGUGAAUCGAUGUGUCUACAGCACCUCCAAGGCUGCAGUGAUCGGACUCACCAAAUCUAUAGCAGCUGAUUUCAUUGAUAAAGGCAUUCGCUGUAAUUGUGUUUGCCCCGGUACUGUUGAUACUCCAUCACUUAGAGGAAGGAUCCAGGCCCAGCCUGACCCUGAAGAGGCUUAUAAGGCUUUCAUGGCACGGCAAAAAACUGGGAGGAUGUGCACAGCUGAGGAGGUGGCGUACCUUUGCGUGUACCUGGCCUCAGAUGAGUCUGCCUAUGUGACCGGGACAGAGCAGAUCAUUGAUGGAGGAUGGAGACUCUGAAUACUGUAGGAAGCUCAUCCUGACAGUAGUGGGAGGCAGUUGCUUCCUUUCUCUGUUGACGCUCAUUUAACGUGCACAGAAAUGAACUUGGCAUCAUCUAAAAUAAUUAUGUGAAUGACUUUAUCCAUUUCUGUCUGCAACUGAAAUUCGUGCUAUGAAGAAAUAUUUGCAUUUAAGUGCAUUUAAGGCUUCCCCAGCGGCAGUCCUUUUGUAAAAUGGCAUAUUAGAAUAAAUUAGCCAGGGAACAGAGAAACUGAGCAAAAGAGGUGAAACCUGGCAAAAAAAAAAAAAAACAAGACAAAUAAUUUUACAGUCUUCUCAACACAAAUAUGAUAUUAAUUUGCAAAAAGGUACAAAAUAAAAAAAGAAUAAUAAAAUGAAAUAUUUUUGUUUUGAGAUGUUUUGUUAAAAAAAAAGGCCAUACCAGAGCAUAACAAAUGAAAACAACACAUAGUCACAGCAACUCUCAUGACUAAUAUCACAGCAGCUACUCUUUACUAGUGUCAUUUUAUCAACUCAUGUCGUCUGCAAUCUUACAUGUUUGGACCUGUAAUAAAAAGUCUUGACCAAUU